GACUUGUAGGCAUGAUACCAAUUGAUUUUGUGUUGGAUGUCUCCAAAUUCUAAAAUGUUGUCACAGAUCUUGAGUGGUCUUGUUGGCUGUGUUUCUGUCCCAGGUCUAUUUAUCUUGUCUCGAACUUCUCUUUACUGCCUCUAUGUGUGGCUGGACUGCACUACUGUGGGAGUAUUAGAGGGGUCUCACAUCUUCCAGUCAAGCUUGGUUUAUGAGUCUAUAGUGGCCUCUCCAACUAAUGUCAAUUGGUUUCAUGUUGGAUGCUUCCAAAUUUUGACAAUAGGGUCAAAAUAGGUCCAACAGAAGUCAUGUUUUCUCAGAGAGAAACUUGGAAUCCUAGUGUCCUUUUUAAAUGGUAUUGUUUGUAGGAGGCUGCUCACUGAAAGAUCCUUACAAUUGGUAAAUAGAUUGAGAAGAGGGAAGUCUUUUUCCUUAAGUGUUCCUUGCAUAAAGAGUUGGUGGAAUUGGUGUUCGUGUACAUGGGUUGUACCUCGUCAGCACCAUUAAAUUUAACAAAGUUAUUUUUAGUUUACAAAAAGAAUAAUAAAAAUAAAGAUAACUUCCAUGCUUAGCAUGAAUCGAACCCUUUCAAGAUACAAUAAAUGUCUAGAUUCUUCAGAGACUGCUUUAGUGGAACAUGAAGAAGAGGAACAUGAAGAAGAGCCUGUUUCUAUCAUACAUAUUCAUUAGUCUACUUUUUGAUCAAAUUAAUGCUUUAUUGAAACAAGAAUUUGAAGAGGUGGACAUUCUGAAAGAUGAAAUCGCUAACCUCAAAGUGAAACAGAUGCAGCUUUUGGGUAAGGACCUUAUUGGCUUGAGCUUAAAAGAACUGCAUCACCUAGAAGAGCAACUAAAUGAAGGAUUAUUAUCUGUGAAAGAGAAGAAGGAACAAUUACUGAUGGAACAACUAGAGCAAUCGAGAGUUCAGGAACAGCGGGCUAUGCUGGAGAACGAGACUUUACGCAGACAGGUUCAGGAGCUUCGAAAUUUCCUUCCAUUGUGUGAACAUUCAGGGAUGCCUUAUCAAGAAUACUUUCCUGCAGAAAGGAAUAAUUCCCUUUUGAAUCAUGGUGCUGCGAGUCCAGAUACUGUCCAUAAUUGUGCAGUUGAUCUGCAAUUGGGGCUUUCAUCUGAGGUUUCUUGCAAAAGGAAGGCACCAGAGAAAGAAAAUCGUUCCAGCAACUCUGGGAGUCAAAUGUCUCUACUUUGAUCCUUUUCUUUACCUUGUCUCUCUGUCUCUCUCCUUAUGUUAGCAAAAUAGGAAUAGCUGCAUAGCAACAAAUGUCAAAUAGCUCUUUCUAGUUUAGCACAGCUUUUGUACAAGAAUCAUUUUGGACUACAAACUUAUCUGACUUUAGGUGACUCCAUUGGCACCAGAGAUCAAGAAUUUGAGAUAGAGAGAGAGAUUGUAUGGUGGGCUGUUGUUAAGCCCAUGUUAUUUACAAUGCCAAUAUAAAUGCUUCUUUUCUUGGAGACCA